AUGUCUAAUGUGCCAGUGUUUGAUACAGAUUUAGUGAGCAAUGAGAAUGAUCAAUAUUUAUUUACUCUUAAUAUCUGGGUAAAGCCUCUUGAAUUCUAGAGCAUUAUGUAUCCCUUUUUAACUUGGGGUUAAUAUGUGACUCUUAACACUGAGAACAUGAUACUUACGAUGCAAUCUGUUUUAGGAUUUACUCCUAACCCAAAUCUAAACUUUGAUCUCAUUUAUAAAACUUGGCAAAGAAUCUGCAUUGUCAAAUAUCAGUUCUCAUUAUCAAUGUAUUAUUAAUGGCUUAAUGAUUUUAGAUAUAUAAACAAUUAGAUAAUUUAUACAAAGACACCAAUCGACUGGACAAUUAGUUUUAACAGAGACAUGAAUCAUCAAACUUAUCAUAUUGGGACAAGCGCUUCAAUUUACUUUUUACUUCGAGAUUUUGUAUUUUAUAACAGAGCUCUCACUAAUAAUGAAAUAAAAAUGAUCGCUUAUCAAGUUGGAGAUAUUUAGCUCUACAAAUCUAGCAUGAUAAGAUACUAUAAACUAACGUUGUUUGAAGAGGGAAAUUACAUUUUUGAUUACUCUUACUAUGAAAAGCACUCUAGGAUGAAUGAAGCCACUUCUGACUUAAGUUAUUACGUUUACGAUGAGGAUAUGGAUAGUUAAAUAUCAUUUGCUGCAUUAUCUAAAGUCUAAUUACCUGAUUAGUUAACUUUUUGCGAGGAUGAUUUCAAUACUAACUUCAGGAAAAUAUUAGUACCACUCUGGCCUAAAACAUACAGUGUAUUUAACAUCGAGUUCUGGUUUAAGUUCAGCGACAUUAUAUCUAGGAGUUAUGAGUUUUAUUUUUUGACAGAUUCAUAUGACAUCAAUAAUUUCAGCAUUAGAACAGUUGCAGUAUUUUAAUUUGUUGGCCCUGAAAUACUCUUUGGAAACAUAUACUCCUCUACACCCCCUGCCAGUACUUUUACAUACUAUAUGAAGGAACUUAGAAUUUGGAAUAUCUUCAGAACUAAAUAAACAAUAAAUAGUCAAUUAAGAACGUAGUUUAAAGCUCUUUUUAAAACUUCUUAUUUUAGAAAAAUGAGUACCUAUCCAGGAGGUGGAUUGCUUGGCUAUUGGUAACUAUAAAAAUAGGAUUCUUUCGGAGAUAACUAUUUGAGUGAUGACUCUAUAAAUCCAUAGACAAUUGAGUUGAUUGAACCCUUAAAGUAUUGCUCUUAUACUCCUGCACUUAUUCUUUGCAAUUUCGGUUAAACAUAUGACAGCAUAAAAAAUCUAUGCAAGGACGAUACUUCAACUUAGUAAUUACUGCUGAAUGUAAAUACGGGUUCAAGCUAAAAAGCAAAGUUCUGGUUUCUUACUAGUAUUUAAAAUGGACAGCUUAUUAAAAGAGAGGAUGCUAGAUUCAAUGUGAUUAUAAAAACUCCAUCUCCAGGAAAUACUGCUUUUUAUUUAGAAAGAUUAGAUACUUUCCCAUCAACAUUUUUUGCAUCAAGAGUAAAUUACAUAGGCACUUUCAAAGAAGUAAGAGUUUGGGCAAUUUCAGAUGACUACUUUCAUUUCUAUAAAAGAGAUAUAGUUACUCCUACAGCUACAUCGGCCCUAUUAGAUUACUGGAGAUUAGACGGUGAUUCUUAAGAUGACAUUUUUACUCAUUGGAAUUAUCCAACAAGCAUUUUUCUUGAGACUGACUAUGUUGCUCCAAGCAUUCCUACAUCGUUAUAUGAUAAACUAUAUGAAUGUAAACAUGGAAGUUACUUUUCAGGAACUUAGUGUGUCUAUGAUAACUUCAUUAUUAUCAAGUCAGGUAAUAAUAAGAGCCCACUUCUAAUGAAAGUUAAUCAAACAACCACACCUUAGUCUUAUAGUGUAGGAUUUUGGUUUAAACUAAGAUCUUUGCAAGAUCAAAAUAUUAUAUGCGGGGCUACUCCAAGGUAAAAUAACUUCUUAUACUUAAGAACUACUACUUCAGUUUCUGAUAAAACUCUGGAGCUAAAUUAAGCUAACUGCUAAUUCUUAUUGACUCGAGGAUACGAUGUUUAGCUAACUGCCAACAGAUGGUUUUAAAUAUCAACUUCAGUAAAAAAUGUAAAUAGCCUGACUUCGAGACUACAUUUCGCUGCUCUUACAGACUAUACUUCAAAAAAUUUCAUUACUAAAUUAGAGGAGAUGAAUUGUCCAUCAUUCAGUUAUGUGAAUAAUGAGCCCGAUGCUGAAGUUUAUCUUUGUGAUGAUUCUAUCUAUGGGAAUGAAGGUAACAGCAUUAAGAAUCUCUACUUUCUGAAUGAUUAUGCAAUGACUGCUAAUGAUGUUUUCACAGCAAGCAAGGUUGCCUGGAAAAUGCUAAACCUCAAGCCUGCACUAUAUCUGAUUUUUAAUAAUACUUAAAAAAGUGUUUGGGCCUAUGACUUAGCAAACAAGCAUAACAUUAUUUCACUUAGAGGUUAAAUUACUGAUUCCCCAUUUUAUUGGGUCCAUGAUUCAUUUGCACCAAAAAUUUGUCAUGAUUAUUAUGAAGUACUUGAUUUGGCAAGAAUGAUAUGCUUUCCAAGAUUAGCAAUGUAGCAUAGACCUUCGAAUGUGGUAAUAGAAAAUGUGGCUUUAGCUGCAACAUGGACACCAACCUAUCAGCUAUCUUUUGGGAUGUUUAUUAAAAGCUUUUACGGAGGGACUGGAAUGACUUAGCAUAUUAUGACAGUGAAUCCUACAGGUUCUUCUAACAAUUAAAAGCUUGUGCUGUAAACUACUUAUUUUAUAAGUAGUGGCAAAGAUUCCCAAGAUAUGUCAUUUGAGCUUGAGAAUUUGCCGCUUGUUUAAUAUGAAUAUUAGAAUAGGAUAGAUUAUUGGCAGCAUCUAGCUUUUGUAAGAGAUUCUUCAUACUAUAUUUAUGAAAGUGGAUUAUUAAGAACUGAGACACCGACAGCAGCUGUCUCAAUAGAUGUCAACUACGAUGGAUUGAUAUAUAUUGGUUAGAUGCCUGGAACAACUACCCCUAUUGGAUUUAGGGGUUAUAUAAGAUAGUUUAAGAUCUAUGAAACUGCUCUCACUUCAUCAUAAAUCAUGAAUUAUAUGUAUGAUUCGUAUAAAUCAUUGGAUACAUUUGACUGGGCUUACUAUGAAGAAACGAACAUAUAUUUUGGAUCAAGUUCAGCAUACACUGGUCUCACUCUAGGUCCUUCUCCAGAGUGGUCUUUAUCAUUUAUGUUUAAUUUGGGGACUGAUUUAACAGCAAACAAAGUAAUUUUUGCAGUUUCUAAUUGGCUGUCAAUAACUAGACAUACUAACAACAGCUUUUUAUUCAUUUAUUAACCUUAGAAUGCUUAAAUUUAUACAAUGAUGACUCCUGAAUUUACUGAAGAUUAAUGGUAUACUUUUGCAGUGACUUAUCCUGCCAACUUAGUAUUAAUGGUGGACAACUUGAUGAUCAUUAAUCAAAAUAGAUAUUAUAAUACUGGGGGAUAUGCUAUGCCAGCUAUAACUGGAGAUAUUACUUAUUCAGGCACUUUCUAUCUGAGAGAAAUAAGAAUAUGGAAAUCAAGACUGACAGAAUCAUUUUUAAGACAGAAUAGUACUUUCUUAAAGGCUAAAUCUAAACUGACCAUUAUUAACGAAUACCUUCUGCUAGUAAAAGAAUUCCCACUAGCUAUUAAUAAUAAUAACAACAUUGAUUUUAGUGGAAAUACUAUGGUUAUUGAGCUUUAUGAUACUAAUCAGGGCUUGGGUGAAUCCAUUUUAACUUCAAUAUCAAGGCAAGCCAUGAUUAGUAAUGGAAAAGGAUUAUGGAUUAAAUUUAUUACUAGAUUUUUCAACUCUGACUUAAAAAUGAGUAUUAGCGCAGGAGAUUAAGUAUUUGAUUAUGAACUAUCAUUAUUUAUCGGCAGUAUAGAUUACACCUAACUUAAAUAUAUAAGAAUUUGUCCUAAUCAAUGCGAUAUGACCAUGGCUUUUCUAACUAUAUGGAAAGCUCAUUAAGAUUUUACCAACGAACAUGAUUACUAUAAAAAGCCUUAUCCACAUUUGGUGUAUGGGUUUUGGCCUAUGACUGAAGGAACUGGCGAGACUUUAUAUGACUACAGUAUUUACCAAUUGAGCAGAAAAAUUUCGAGGUUAAACAGCUAUGGAAGCAAGUUUAAAUGGUGGAGUAUCAAGGAGAUCAAUAAUGAGGCUGAGGUGCUAGUUAUGUGCAAUUAGGAGACAAUUUAUAACUUCAAAAUAGGAUUCUGCGUUAGUUAUAUUUCAUAUCAAACGUAGUUUCAUUAAUACUCAGGCUUAGAUGUUACAAAACUAAAAAACAAUCCUGAGGUAACUUAUAACAGAGAUUGGGCGAUUGAAUUAUGGCUGAAUUUCUAGUUCGAAGGAGAUUUAAGUCAGAUAGAUAUGCCUAUUAUCAAAUCAGAUCCAGAUUGUAUAGCUGAUCAGUGGUCAACUAGUUAUGAAAUGAGCAUUAGUCGAGAUUUAUAUUAAAUGAAAAAUUACGUGAAUUUUUAGUCUUAAAACUAUCAAGGCACUUCUGGUAUUAUCAAAGAAUAUCGCAAUGUCCUUGAAAGCAGUUGGUUUCAUGUAACUGUAGUGAAUAUUUUCAAUUAGGUGCAAAAUAGUCAAGCCAUCUAUGUGAAUGUAAAAUAACCAUUAACUGACGCAACAUCAUUUGCUCGCUAUAAGUUGUCAAAUUGUGAUAUUUUUGUUGGACAUUCAAGCACUUAAACAAUCGCUGAAAAUACCUUCUCAAUUAAAUAACUUAGAAUAUGGAAUGAGGUCAGGCCUUAAGCCUAAAUAGCAUGGCAUUCAUUAUAAAGAUCCUUCGAUAAAGGUGAACUAAACCUAAUGAAGUACUACAAAUUCAACAGAGAGGAGGGAUUGUAAGAAACGAUAUCUAAUAGUCAAUAUGCAGUUGGAGCGAAUGUAAGAUUCAAGAUAUUCAUUGACAAGUUCCACAUGGACUGUCCUAAUAGUUACCACUACUCUUUAAGCAAGGGAAGAUGCGAACAUUAUUCAUUUUCACUUAUUAUGUGUACAUAUACUUCAGCUGCAGGAGAUUAGGACUUCUUAGCAAUUAAUGAUUUUCUCAUCAUAAGAGUCAAUAGUCGCAAAUAUAGCUUAGAGUUGAAGACGAAUGAUCCUACUAGACCUUCGCUGCAAAUCACUAUCGACUAUAUCAAUCAAGGCACUGCAUAUUGGGGUUUUCACUUUGAUGCAGAGUCUAGCUUAUUUUGGGUGUCACUUCAAGGUGACAUCAAAUGGUCAGUAUAAUUGCAGACACAUUAAUUUAAGCUCGAUGGACAGUGGACAAAUUAGUUUGGUUAUAAUGGGAUUAAUCUUAGCGGGACUAUUGGAAUAAUGAAGCAAAUGAUUUUUUCACCAGCUUUAACUAAGUAGGAGGUGCAGAAGUACUAUAGAUAUGGGUAUCAUCCAACUAGAGCUAGCGCUAAUGCUCUUAGUGCUAUUUUAUUUGACAAAAAUGAUCUUUAUAGUGGAAGGUAUAACUUAGUACCUUAUUAAGUAUCAUCCUCAUCUGAAGUAGAUACAUUUUAAGUUACUAAUGGCUCACCAUUUUAGGUAUCAUAGACUAAUUCAUGUAGAGAAGGAGCAUUUAGGUCUUCUGGAAAUGGCGAAUGUACUGAACCUUUUUCUCUAGUCGUAAAUAACUAGAUCCUAUCCCUUCCAAUAAAUGGGAUGAAGAUCGGUUAUUCGGCUACUGUCUAGUUUUGGGUUAAUCUAUUCAGCAUAGGAUCAGAUUUAACUUAUCAAAUCGAGCUGUUUGAUGUAAAGAAUUUAGUUGGUUUGAGCUUAGAGAAUGGAUAACUCUAUUUUAAGUAGUAUAUCGGAGCGGUGACACCUUCAACACAGAUUACAAGUUAGUUUACAAGGGCAGUCUGGUAGAAAUUCCAUUUUGUGUUAUAUAAAAAACAAUGGACUAUAUAUGAAAAUGGAUAGUAAUUCGAAGCUAGCAUACCUAACGAUUAAAACUAUGAGAAUGUAGUUUUCACUUCGAUUGACUUUGAUUUAAGAUAAGGCUCUAUGUAUAAAGCAAAAUUGUAGGAAGUUGCUAUUUUUGGUUAUCCAAGAUCCCCUGCUGAUAUUUUGAAUAACCUUCACUCCCAGAUUAAUAAAAAGAUGUAUUAAAACUCUUUGCUAGUAUACUAUCCUCUAGAUGAAAGUUAUGAAACUAAAGUCUAUGAUUAUUCCAGAUAUGGUAGAUCUCUGACAAUUACAAAUCCUAUGAUUUACUGGGAUAACACUCCAAGGGGAAAUUAAGGUGCAAAUUUGCUUUCUAGUACUGGGAGUGACUAUUAAACAAGAGAGAAUUCUUUAUAUUUCAAAUACGGAGAGACAUCAUCUUUGACUUUUCCAGAAUCAGUGGGGUUAAUAGGACAAGAUUACUCUAUAAUGUAUUGUUACAACAUUCGAAGUCUCACAGAUCUUCCUUUCACAGAAAUCCCAAUGCUCGAGAUCAUGGAUAUUAUGGCUAUUUAUCUUUUAAGAGUAGACAACACAAAUCUAAAGCUAAGAUUUUAUCCUUCUCUCUAGAACCCUAUAACUUCAGGCACUCCUGAAUGUAAUGAUGUUGUAAGCAAUAAAUGGAUGUGUGUGGUCGCUAGCCUAGAUACUACCCAAAAACUGGCUUUAAUGAUUAUUCCUAGGGCCUCAAAAAAAGGUAUUAUAUAUUCAGAUAAUGAGAUGCCUAUACUAUCAGCAUAAAGAAGAGUGGUGAAAAUUCAUCCUACAAAUGCUUAUAUCAGAGAAGUUAAAAUUUUUAACAUCGCUAUUAGUGAAGGCAACUUAGCUUGGAUGGUUCGCCAAGCUUUUAAUCCUUUACUCUAUUGGGGUAAUUACCUAGUAUUUUACUAUAGACUAGAUGAGUCUAAUGGAGGAAUUCUCUUCGACCAAUAGACUACAGAUCAAUUCUCAAUUCUAGCAAGUCAAGCAACUUUAUCUCCUCAAUGGUCAUAUGCAGGCAGCAAACUAAUUAUUUGUGAGGGUGAUGCUAAAUAUUCAUACUUUGACUAUUGUUAACCUAAUGCAAAAUUCUUUCUAUUAGAAUAAAGGACGCCAUUAUUUUAGGUAAAUUUAUUUUACGCUCCAUAGAAAAAUUACACCACCGUGCUCUGGUUGAUGAUUAAUUAAUUAGACUAGAGUAAUGGAUUCUUAAUAUACUAUCACAAUCGUUAUUAUCUAAGGAUUACCACUAGUAGAAGGUUGGUAUAUUCCCUAGGCAAUUACCCUUCUUAAAGUGUUGAUGUAAGUAGCAUUGCAGUCAGUGGUAAAUGGUUCAUGCUUUUUCAAAUGGCAAACACUGAUGCUAAUUACUCAGCAGUAUAUAUUUGUUACAGGGAACUUGGUGCAGCUGGAUUUAAGAACAAGCAAAUUAAGAUUAAUAAGCCAUGGAUUUAUUCAGAUCCAACCACUAACACGAAUCUCUAUUUGUAAUUCUAAAUGGGGGCUAAUACGAAAUCGUUUAUCAGAGACCUUCAAGUUUGGUCAGCUCCCCUCUCAUAUAACUAUUUCAUGAGCAGCAGAGUGUAUUUAGGACUUGACCCUGUCAAGAUGCGUGCAAAAGGACUAUAGGCCUAUUUUAGAUUCGAUGAGUCUGGAGGAUAGUAUGUUUUUAAUUAUGCCCUGCCUGAAGUUUAUAACAGAGUUUCUAGCUAUUACUAUCACUCUGCUCUUAGAUGGUAUUAUUAUGCAGAUUUGAAUGUUGAUCUAUAAACCAACUCUGAGGAAAUGGUGAAAUUCCUUUUUUGCAAUGAUCCAUAUUCCAGGCUUCUAAACAAACAUUGUGAUUUCUAUGAUUCGUGUGAUUCAAGUUCACUGACAGAUGACUGCACUGGUCCAGAAAGUACAGACUUGCCGACUUGUGACUCAUCGUUAACUCAAUUCUACUCACCAGACACAAGAGAUUGCUACGAUUGCCACUCAUUAUGCCUUGGGUGCACAGAGGCAUACAGACAAGAUAAAUGUCUAAGUUGUUAACCAGGACUGUUCUUGUUAGAUGGUCUUUGCACCUUUCAAUGUCCUGACAAUUACUACAACAUUAAUGGAAUCUGCAAAACUUGCACAGAUAACUUGUGUAAAUGCUUAGAGAAUAACUUGGACUUGUGCUUAGAUUGCUUAAGCUCAUCCCAUUUCUACCUUGAAGACAUCUAAAAAUGUUUGGCAGUUCUCCCAGACUUUAAGUUUUAUGACUACAUAACUAAGUCCCUCUUAGAUUGCCAUCCAAUGUGCAAAAAAUGCUUCCAAGAUGACUAGUACAGUUGUCUUCAAUGUGCUGAUAAUGCUACUUUUCUAGCUCCCAAUUACUGCAAUAUAUUUUCUUGCAUGACUGGAAAUGAGAUAAGGCAGAAUGCCAAUGGUGAAGCAAUCUGUGUCCCAUGCCAAGCUCCUUGUCUAACAUGCCAGAAUCAGCCAGAUUUCUGCACUUCUUGUGGCAAUGAUCUAAUUUUAGAUAGUGAAGGUCAGUGCUUGCCAUGCUCAGCAUUAGUUGGAUAUCAGUUUCCUAUAGUCCAGCAAGAUGGCAAGAAAAUUUGCACUGAAAUAUGUGGAGAUGGCUUGAGAUUAGAUCAAAACUAAUGUGAUGAUGCCAAUCUUGAGGACGGUGACGGCUGUUCAUCUAAAUGCUAAGUAGAGAAUAAAUAUGUCUGUAAAGGCGGCUCAUCAGCAUCAAAAGAUAUCUGCCAUGACUUAAUUGGUCCAGAGGCAGAGAUAAUGAGUGUGAGCACUCAAAGCAAGUACAUCAUAUUAUAGAUAAGAGAUAAUAAUGGAAAAGUUUACACUGACUAAUAGAAUAUUUCUCGCACUGAUAUAGAGCUGACUAUUACUGGCAUUGAUGGAGCUAUUAGAUAUUCAAUCACAUCACAAAUAUCUGAUGAUUUUGUAAGAAAUGGCAAAAUUUACCUAGAAUUCUAGCCAGGAUUUUCAAUACCAGAUGAAGGGGCUUUUGUUUAAGUUAAUUUCAAGAAGAGUUAAAUGUUUUUUGAUUAGUAUAAAAAUCCACUUAAAAACAUCAAGACUAAUGUGAUUUAGCUUAAGAAAUUUGAUUACAUAGAUCCAUCAUUAUUAGCUGCGAUUAAGACUGUUGGAUCAUCUGUGAGUUAAGGCACAUCACUGAUAUUGGCUUUUAAUUUGAUUUUGUCAUUUGCUCUUGAUAAGGCUCUUGACUCUCUGUAUUCAGCUAUCAAUUCUGUCUAGAUAUUGUUCUUUUUACCUCUUAUUGAUUUAGCUUACCCACCAUUCUUCAACGAAGUAUUUAGGUACCUUGCAUAUGCUAAUUUCGAGAAUCAAUUAUUAAGAGAUCCACUCUCAGCAAGUCUCGAUUUUGAUAACAUUAAAGAUUCUCCUUUGAAUGAAGUGUUCUAUAACUAUGGUUUUGAAAGUUAGGUCUUCCUUUCUACUUUUCAGUAUAAACUUGGCAUACUCUUCAUCAUUUUCUGCUUCUUCCCGCUAAGCCAACUAUUUAAGAGAUUCAAGCACAGAUACUUUAAUAUAUUUAGGAAGCUAGACAAUUUUUUCAAAUAUAAUGGAGUCCUUAGAUUAGGACAGGAGUUAUAUCUUGAAAUGGGAUUGCUUGCAUACCUUAAUAUAUACAAUCUUCAGUUUGAAAAUAAAGAUUAAAUUAUUAAUACAGCAGUAGCUAUAAUAGCUAUAAUAUUUGUGACAUUUUACCCAUUGAUUACCUUGAAUCUUGUUCAAACAUUUAAGACUAUCGACUCGAAUUUCAAAACUCAAACAUUAGGUGUCUUAGAUGGGAUUGAUCAUUUUAAACUUAAGAUAUAUGCCUUAAUUGAGGGUACUCGCAUUCAAGCUAAUUCACGACUUCCCUAGUUUAAUUUUUCAUUAUUUUUAGCAAGAAGAUUGAGCUACAUUUAGAUACUAGUUUUUCUCACAAAUUUCCCUUAGUUAUAGAUAGUUCUUUGCAUUUUUAAAACAAUACUUUAGCUAGCUUACUUUAUCUUAGUCUAGCCAUAUGAGUCAAAGCUCACCAAUAUAAUGAGCAUUCUGAAUGAGAGCAUUACUGGCAUAGCAUUUUCCAUUUGCUUUAUGUUUAAGAAAGAUUUAUAAACAGAUUAUCGAGAGUUUUAUGGAUGGCUUGUCAUUGGAUGUGCUAUAUUUAUUUUGGCUGCAAACCUUAUUGUAGCAAUCAUAGAAACAAUUAAAUCACUCGUGGAAGGAGUGAGAGCCUCUAUAAAUGCUAUGAAAAGAUUAGUUAAGAUGAGAUAGGCUAUAUCUAGUAAAAUUACGUAAAAGUUUAGUGGUAAUGGCUUCAACUUAAUGAGUUAAACAGCAAAAACUGAUCUCAAGGUAAAUCAUAGUAACUUUCAGACAUAAUAAAUGGACUCAUAAGAAUAAAUUAAUGAAAAUUAAGGCUUUGAAAUUAUAAAGCUAAGCCCUUUAGAGCCAAGUAUGCAUUCUUAAUAAUGUUAAACGAAUACUAAGAAAGGCUUAAAUACUGAAUCCUCUUUUUUAAGUUAAAAUACUCUAAAAAUAAGUGAUAAUUUUGUUGAGAGUUAACAAGAUUAAUCUGACUUUAAACAAAUUGAUUUAAGAAUGAGAUUUAAUAAUCAUAAAAAUAAUUUAGAAGUAAAGGAUGGCAUAUAUUAAGACACUAAUAAAUCAAAGAUUUUUAAUGAGUAUGAAAUGUUAGACUAACUUUAAAUCAAAGAUAAUGCUGAUGAAGAGUAAAAAUCAAAAGUUGAUUUAAGUUAGGAGGAUUUACAGAAGGAGAACUAGAAUAAAUUAGAAGAUAUAUAUUAGGAUAAUCCUAAUUAAGAAGAGUAGCUUGAAAGACAUAGAAAAAUAAGAGCAUCAAAGUUAAAAGAUGUGGAUGAUAUGAUAGAAAUUAAAAGAAGGACUAAACACAGAAGGAAAUAUUGA